AUGGCGGUUGAAUCCCCCGCAACGGCCUCCAAUGGCCACCAAGCCCUCGCAGCUAUACCUCAAACCAACUUCGAGAGCCACUUCCAGACCGCGCACAACCUCCGCUUGUACCAGGAAAACCAGAAGCUCAAACAGAAAGUCAACGACCUGGUAGAAUACCAACUCGCAAACCCAAAAGUGGAGAAUCCAACCUCCCGCGCCGCCAUCGACCGCGAAAAGCAGAUCAUGGACCAGAUCGAGAUCAAACAAAAGGCCAUUGGCGCGCAACUGGCCGUUAUACGGACGCUGUUCCGCCAGAGCGUCAUGAAGGUCCGCGGGGAGAAGGCAAGGACGGCAGAGAGUAGGAAUGUCAAUGACGCGCUGAUUCUGCAGCUGCACAACCUCAAGUACGAGGAGCAGUCGUUGGCUUCCGAGAUCUCUGCUGCACAGAACUUUGACCACAAGUAUACCAAACUCCCGCUCAUUCCUGUUGAGGAAUUCCUCGAGCUGUUUCCCGACCACGCCAACUCCUCCGAAGACGACCUUAUGAAAGCGCGUAUCCAGCACGAGAAGGCGGCCCGCGAGAAGCUGGAAGAUGAGCGCCGGCACAAGCUGAAGCAGAAGCAGGCCCUCAUCGCGGAGGUGCAGAAACGGAAGGAAGGGUUGACGAAGUUGGAUAAGAUGCUGGAGGACUUUAUCGGGCAGGCGGCGCCUAUUCGGGAGAUGCUUAUGGAGUAG